GUGUGCAUGCAGAACUGGGUGCGGAAGUGUGGCUCAAGCCACUCGAAGUAGUCAUUUCUCUGUCCGCAGUUAGUAAGCAUGAUGCGUGCGAUAACUUGAGAUUCUAUGGGUUAAUUCCUGGUUAUUUUGUUAAUAUCCAUCAUGGGAAAACGAUAUCUAGUUGCAUAUGGACUCUGGGCAUUAGGUGGCCCUCUGGGACUUCAUCACAUCUACUUGGGCAGAGAUAGCCAUGCCUUACUUUGGAUGCUGACAUUAGGUGGUUUUGGGAUGGGAUGGGCAUGGGAUUUCUGGAAGAUCCCUGGACUUGUACACCAGUGCAACCGUCAAGAGAAAAUUAAAAAUGAAGUCAAGGAAGGAGUACCACCAGCUAACCCUGUGCGGUUUAUUGGACAGUUAACUACUGGAAUUUAUUUUGGCCUGGUGGCAGCCAUUGGGCUUUCUUCUCUAAGCAGCUUCUAUCUGAUAGGUUUGCCCCUUGCAGUUGGACUAGGAGUACAUCUGGUGGCUUGUGUGGGUGAACAGACCUCUGACUUGAAAAACACGCUGAUAGCCGCUUUUCUUACCUCUCCAGUCUUUUAUGGCCGUGCCAUCUCAAUGAUCCCAAUCAGUAUCACUGCGAGCAUCACUGCACAGCAAAACAGGCGCUACCGAUCACAUCGCCAGAAAGAUGAAAACCUUAGUCUCCGUCUAUAUCGUAUUGGUUUGGCUUACCUAGCAUUUACUGGUCCAUUAGCCUAUAGUGCUUUACUUAAUACAAGCCGUACCGUAAGCUAUAUAGCUGAAAGUAUCGGCGCCAUGUUGAACUGGCUGAGUAUCUUCCCCAGUUUCAGUGCGUUAGUGGAGAGGGUCUUGCUCCUGCCAUAUCGGGCUUGGGGGCUAUUCACAGGUGGAGGGGGAUUUCAAGAUCAGUACUUCAAGGAGUGGGAAAAGAUCUAUGAGUUUGUGGCAAGCUUCCAAAGUGAGAAAGAGCAACUGGCCUGCAAGGUUUUAGGAGUUGAAUCUCAAGCUACACUAGAAGAGAUAAAUCGGCAGUAUAGGGAUCUGGUGAAAAUUUGGCAUCCGGAUCACAACCGCCACCGGCCAGAAGAAGCUGAACAGCAUUUCCUUGAGAUACAAGCUGCUUAUGAAACUCUUAAUCACCUAAGGAAAAUCAAGAACCAAUGAGAUAGUAUCACUUUAAUAGUUUAAUAGUUUGGAUUGUGACUGUGUACAGCAACCACUACUUCUGUACUAAAUUCUGUGCAGCUCUCAAAGCAGUUAAAGAAAAACUUUAAAUAAACAUUUUGUUAAUGCUUGACCAUACAA